CGCGCAGGCGCCGCCGCCGGAGCUUCCGGCAGCGCUGCCGUGCAUGGCGGGGCCGGGGGCUGGAGCGGCGGCGGGGCCGGGGGAUGGACGGACGGAGGAGCCUGAGGAGCCGGGGGAUGGACGGACGGAGGAGCCGAGGGGCGGAUGGACGGCGGAGCGGCGGCUGUGGGUGCCGGGCGGGCGCUGGCUGGCCGCCGUGCUGCCCCUGCUCCUGGUGGCGGUGCCGCUGCCCUGCGCAGGCCAGAGCAGCCUGCAGAGCCCAGAGAAUGUGCAGGUGCACGGGGUGAACACCAACUUCACUCUGAGCUGGAACUACAGCGGCACCGAUCCCAACGUGACGUUUUCAGCACAGUUCCAGUGGCCGGAGCUGGAGGACGCGGGCUGGCAGGAGCUGCCCGGGUGCCAGGCUGUGGCUGGCACAGGCUGUGACAUCUCCUCGGCCAUCUCCGAGUACUACGACCCUCACUACGUGCGCGUGAGGGCUCAGGCAGGGCCCCUGCUGUCCCCGUGGUCCCAGGCCCUGGAGAUGGUGCCUGAAUACCUCGCUCAGAUUGGUCCACCAGGACUGGAAUUGCAGUCUACAGAUGGAAUCAUAAAAGUUAAGGUUUCUCCUCCAGAAGAAAAUCAGAGGAAAAAAAUGUGGAUCAAUGAUCUGAGUUUUAAAUAUAACCUGGUCUACUGGGAAAACUCAUCACAUGCUCAGCUCCAGAAUAAAAACAUUUUCCCUUUUGACACCAUCGAUGAUCUUGCCCCAAACAGCACCUAUUGCUUCAAAGUUCAAGCAAAUCUCCCCAUGGAGGGAAAGCAAGGCUGGUUCAGCCCCAUCAGCUGUGUGAAAACCACCCAGAAAGUUGAAGAUCUCCUGUGUGCCACCAACCUGAGUGUCCUGGCUGUGAACAUGAAGUUCCUCCUGCUUUGGAAUAACCAGGAGCAGCAGGAUGUGACCUACAACGUGCAGUACCUCUUGGGGUACCUGAAGAGGCAGAAUGAUGAUUACUCAGACAAGUGGCUCAGUGUCCCCAGGUGUGAGAACAUCACCAGCACCUGGUGCAACUUCUCCUCCAUCAUCACCACCACCACUGCAUUUUAUUAUCUGCGGGUGCAGGCCAGGCAGGGACACAACAAACCCUGCUUGUCCAGGGAGGUCAAAGUGGAUCCUCUGAAAACAAAUGUAAUUGGCCCUCCUGGUGUGAGGCUGGACCUCAGUGACACUUUGCUCCACAUCCUUAUUUCUCCUCCAGGAGGAGCUGAGGAUGAAAUCAUGAGGGAGAACUAUGAUUUGUCCUACAGGAUCCUGUACUGGAAGAAUUCCUCAUAUAAGGAGGAGGAGGUGCAGCAGAAGGAGGUGAAGCAGACCAUAGCCACAGUGUCUGAUGUGUCCCCCUCCAGCCUGUACUGUGUCAAAGUGCAGGCCCUGUCAAAGAGCUACAACAAGAGCAGUGCCUACAGCCAGCAGCAGUGCAUCCACACCCCUGCAGGUACACCUUUACCUCUGAUCGUUUUUGCAAUUUUCAUGGGUGCCCUGCUGGUUGUCCUGCUGCUGGCUGCCUCUCUUGCUUUUGUGUUCUACCAAGCCUACAACAAAAUCAAAUAUGUGUUCUUCCCCUCCUGCCAGCCCCCCCUGAACAUCGAGGGGUUUGGAGCACAGCUCUUCAGCAGCCCUUACCUGGCAGCUGCAGAGGAACCUGUGGAGAGCUGCUGUGUGAUUGAGUCCAUGGUCACAGAGGAGGGAAACCAAACUGAUUUUACAGACUACAAACAUUCCAAAGAGAGCAGCCGAGACUCAGGGAAUUAUUCCAACGACGACAACACUGCUGGCAGCAAAGGAUCCAAGGAAACCCUGGAAAAGGAAACGGUGUAACCUUGGGGAAAGAAAAUCCAUUGUGGGAUUGUCAACCUCACAAACACUUCAAACCUUCUUGUGAUGCAAGUCCCAGCCCGAGGGGACUCUGUGACUUUUGGGAUGCUAAAGGGGACACUGUGACAUUUGGGAUCAAAACUGACCCUUUGGGAUCCUGAGGGGGACACUGUGACAUUUGGGAUCAAAACUGACCCUUUGGGAUCCUGAGGGGGACGCUGUGACAUUUGGGAUCCUGAGGGGAACUCUGUGGCAUUUGGGAUCCUAAAGGUGUCAUUGUGACAUUUGGGAUCCCAAGGGCACACUGUGACAUUUGGGAACAUGAGUGGGACACUGUUACAUUUGGGAUCCUGAGGGGGACUCUGUGACAUUUGGGAUUCCAAAGGGGACACUGUUACAUUUGGGAUCCUGAGGGGGACUCUGUGACAUUUAGGAUCCUGGGGGGGUACUGUGACAUUUGGGAUCCUGAGGGGAGCACUGUGACAUUUGGGAUCCUGAGGGGACACUGUUACAUUUGGGAUCAAAACUGACCUUGGGAUUCUGAGGGGGACUUUGUGACAUUUGAGAUUCCAAAGGGGACAUUGUGACAUUUGGGAUCAAAACUGACCUUUGGGAUUCCAAAGGGGACAUUGUGACAUGUGGGAUCAAAACUGACCCUUUGGGAUCCCAAAGGGAACACUGUGACAUUUGGGAUCCUGAGGGGAUCACUGACACUUGGGAUCCCAAGGGCACUCUGACCUUUGGGAUCUCUGGGUUUGGGUUCCCAGAGCUGCCCUUGCUGGGGGAGCUCCUCCCCCCUGGCUGGCAAUGUCCCAGUGUCCCCAGUGUCCCCAGUGUCCCCAGUGUCCCCAGUGUCCCCAGGGCUGUCCCUGCACCAGGAGCAGCCUGGGGCACUUCUGUACUUGAAGCUGCUGAGCUGAAGGAAGGCUGGAGCUCCCAGGUGGAGUCAGUGCCAGGUUCACUCAGAAGGAAAUCCUGCUGGACAAUCCUCUGGAAUUUCACUUUCCCUUCAGCCCCUGGGCAGUGCUGGGUCAGCAGGAGAGGGCUGGAGGUGCCAAGGGACAGGAGAGCAGAGUGAGGAGCUGGGGUUGCUCAGGGGAUCCUCAGGGAUUUCUCCUGGGUUCCUCAUGGAAUUCCUCAAGGGCUCCUCAUGAAAUUCCUCAAGGCUUCCUUAUGGCAUUCCUCAUGGAUUCCUCAUGAGUUCCUCAUGGAUUCCUCAUGAGUUCCUCAUGGGAUUGCCCAGGGGCUCCUCAUGGGUUCCUCAGGAAUUCCUUAUGGGAUUCUCAGGAAUUCCUCAUGGGAUUGCUCAAGGGUUUCUUAUGGGUUCAUCACAGAAUUCCUCAUGGGUUCCUCCUGGGAUUCUCAUGGAUUCUGGGAUGAGCAGCCCCAGAGGAGCUGAGGAAAUUAAUUCCUCAUGGGUUCCUCCUCAGGAAUUCCUCCUGGGAUUCUGAUGGGUUCUGGAUGAGCAGCCCAGAGGAGCUGAGGGAAUGAGGAAUUCCUUAUGGAUUCCUCAUGGGAUUCUCUUGGAUUCUUCAUGGGAUUCUCAGGAAUUCCUCAUGGGAUUCUCAUGGAUUCUGGGAUGAGCAGCCCCACAGGAGCUGGGGAAUGAGGAAUUCCUCCUGGAUUCCUCAUGGGAUUCUCAGGAAUUCCUCCUGGAUUCUGAUGGACUCUGGGAUGAGCUGGGCCAUGCCUGGAGCAGGGGCUGAGCUUUCCCAGUCCCGUUUUCCAGCAGAUUUUCCCUCCAGCCCAGCAGGUUGUGCUGCAGCCACGUUUCAGUUGCCACGUUCCACGUUUGCCAUGCUGACUCUUCCAGAGUAUUUUCUUUUUUUUAUUUUUUUUUUUUAUGAAGAAACUUUUUAAUGAAGAUUUUUUUAUUGAAGAAAAAUUGAGGAGUGAGCUGGGUUUGAGCGUCCCAUGGGCUGCUGCUGUUUGUUCUGACUAGGAACUCUUGAUGUUUAUAUUUCCUUUUUUACUUUCAUUUUGAAGAUAUCACCUAAUUUUAUAAAUUUCCUAUCCCUGUGUUCAUUGAAGAACAUAAUAAAUAAAUUUUGCACAUUUGCUUCUUA